AUGACCAUUUUCACAGAUGACCAACUGGCCAGACGAGAAGGCGAUGGCGAUAAGAUAAUUCUUGACGCAGGUCAAGCCGCCCCAACAACGGGCGCAUACCAGACCGAGUACCAGGAGAUGUCUGGCAACGGCCUCGCUCAAGAACUCGAUCGCUCACACUCGUACAAACACGCGAUAGGCGGAGCGCAUGAGCUCAAGGCUGACGACCGACCGGGCGAACUACCAUUUGCUGGGAUAGAGGAACACGGGUCAACGAAUGGCCUUGAUGUGGUUGAUGGAGGAGAGUCCGAAGUGACCCAAGUGCCGCAAACGAAUCGUACUGCCACACAGGCACCGCAGGUUUCUCCACACGUGGAAGCUCAGAGACGGAGGGAAGUAGAAUGGUUAGAAGCAGAAGAGAUGAGAAUGAGACAGCGACGGGAAGCGCUUUUACAACAGAGUGGUGGAAAGACUGAACAGUAG